UGGUGCACAAAGCUGUGGUGGAGGUGGACGAGUCGGGAACCAGAGCAGCGGCAGCCACGGGGACAAUCUUCACGUUCAGAUAUUCACUGAAUGGCCACUGUGUGCCUGGCACUGUUCCAAGUGCUGAAGAAAAAUGAAGAAAACAAAAAUCCCUGCCCUUGUAGAGGAGACAUUGUAAUGUGGCAAGAUAACAUAAUGAAAAAAAUGAAGAAUAAAACAGAAAAGUAAAAUGGAUUACAUGUCACUUGAUGACAAAUACUGUGGAAUGAGGCUGUCAUCUAAAUGGAGCACAGAAAGUGGAGCAUGGUGACAUCUCAGCCAAAAGACCUGGCAGACACCUCCUUGGCCAAGGGAUCAAGGUUGGCAGCGCCAGCUGUGAGCAGUGCUGACAUCUUAUUCUCUUCGAUAUGGCAUCAUUAGCAGGCUGCCUCUUCUUGGUGGGAUCUUCCCCCAAACCCAGAACCUCAGUCUAACCACAAGAACAGCCAAUCCCAAGUUCAGGGACAUUUGGCAAAAUACCUCACCACUCCUACUUAAAAGUGUUGAGGUCAUGAAAGGCAAGGAAACCCUGGGAAAUCGUCAUUGGCCGGAGGAAACUAAGCAGACAUGACGACUAAAUGCAAUGUAGAAUCCUGGGACAGAAAAGGACAUUAGUGGGAGAGCUAGUGAAACCCAAAGGAAGAAUCUGAGUCGGGACCCCCAGAGCGGUGUCUCCACUAAGCAGAAGCCUCCGUUUCUCUCCCAGCCUCUCCCAGAGGGGGUGCUCUGAAGCGUGUGGAUCUGAUCAGGAUAAUCAAGUCCGAGAACAGAACACUUGGUUGUCCUGGCAUUUCCCAAGCAGGGGGAGGAGUUCUCUGCAGGAAUAAAUAAGCCUCAGCAUUCAUGAAAAUCCAUCACUCCACACAGACGGCUUCGGAAUCCACCAGCUGCAUCCAGCUCCCUGAGGCAGAGUUGAGAAUGGAGAGAAUGUUACCUCUCCUGGCUCUGGGGCUUUUGUUGGCUGGGUUCUGCCCUGCUGUCCUCUGCCACCCUAACAGCCCACUUGACGAGGAAAAUCCGACCCAGGAGAACCAAGACCGGGGGAAACAUGUGGACCUCAGAUUAGCCUCCACCAACGUGGACUUCGCUUUCAGCCUGUACAAGCAGUUAGUCCUGAAGGCCCCUGAUAAGAAUGUCAUCUUCUCCCCAUUGAGCAUCUCCACCGUCUUGGCUUUCCUGUCUCUGGGGGCCCGUAAUACCACCCUGACAGAGAUUCUCAAAGGCCUCAAGUUCAACCUCACGGAGACUUCUGAGGCAGAAAUUCACCAGAGCUUCCAGCACCUCCUGCACACCCUCAACCAGUCCAGUGACGAGCUGCAGCUGAGUAUGGGAAAUGCCAUGUUCGUCAAAGAGCAGCUCAGUCUGCUGGACAGGUUCACGGAGGAUGCCAAGAGGCUGUAUGGCUCCGAGGCCUUUGCCACUGACUUUCAGGACUCAGCUGCGGCUAAGAAGCUCAUCAACGACUACGUGAAGAAUGGAACUAGGGGGAAAAUCACAGAUCUGAUCAAGGACCUUGACUCGCAGACAAUGAUGGUCCUGGUGAAUUACAUCUUCUUUAAAGCCAAAUGGGAGAUGCCCUUUGACCCCCAAGAUACUCGUGCGUCAAGGUUCUACUUGAGCAAGAAAAAGUGGGUAAUGGUGCCCAUGAUGAGUUUGCAUCACCUGACUACACCUUACUUCCGGGACGAGGAGCUGUCCUGCACUGUGGUGGAGCUGAAGUACACAGGCAAUGCCAGCGCACUCUUGAUCCUCCCUGAUCAAGACAAGAUGGAGGAAGUGGAAGCCAUGCUGCUCCCAGAGACGCUGAAGCGGUGGAGAGAGGCACUGGAGUCCAGACAGAUAGAUGAGCUCUACCUGCCAAAGUUUUCCAUCUCGAGGGACUAUAACCUGGAAGACAUACUUCUCCACCUGGGCAUUGAGGAAGCCUUCACCAGCAAGGCUGACCUGUCAGGGAUCACAGGGGCCAGGAACCUAGCAGUCUCCCAGGUGGUCCAUAACGCUGUGCUUGAUGUGUCUGAGGAGGGCACAGAAGCAUCUGCUGCCACAGCAGUCAAAAUCACCCUCCUUUCCGCACUCGUGGACCCAAAGACCAUUGUGCGUUUCAACAGGCCCUUCCUGAUGAUAAUUGUCCCUACAGACACCCAGAACAUCUACUUCAUGAGCAAAGUCACCAAUCCCAAGCAAACCUAGAGCUGGCCAGCAAGCAGUGGGGCUCUCAGUAAGGAGCUUGGAAUGGAAGCUGGAUGCUUGGGUCUGGGGGCACAGCCUGGCCCCUGUGCACCAAGAAGCCAGGGCAUGUGUGGCCCUGUCUGCUCAUCCUUGGAAGGUGACAGUGAUUGCCUGUGUAGCUCCCACAUGCACAGGGGCCCAUGGACUCUUCAGUCUGGAGGGUCCUGGGCCUCCUGACAGCAAUAAAUAAUUUCCUUGGACAUGU